CGCUGCACUGCAUGAAGCCUCCUUUAUAACGUUCCUUACUUAGUCCUCACCUUCUCGUCCUUUUGGCGCAUUCCAUUCCUUCAUUCUCCUGACUGUACCUGGCCAUCGUUCAACAUGUCAGAACCUGAAUCUCGUGGUCCUUCCAAGCGUCGUAAAUGGAUCAUUGUCGGAUCUGUUGCCGCUCUCCUUGCUAUUAUCGCUAUUGCUGUGGGUGUAGGUGUCGGAGUUACACAGAGCAAUAAGAAUAAGAACUCCUCUGCCGCCAGCUCCUCUAGUGGUAGCCGAGGUUCCUCAUCCAAUCCCGGCGGACCAAAACAGAGCGAUCCUAACGACCCUAGCACAUUUGAGACGGAUCCAAACUUGCACAAGGCAUUCUAUGCGAUUGCAUAUACACCCGAGGGUUCACAACUACCGGACUGUGGCAAUAAUCUACAGAAUGUGAUCAAAGACAUUCAGCUCAUAUCUCAAAUUACGACACGAAUUCGCCUAUAUGGUGCAGAUUGCAAUCAGUCUGCUCUUGUUCUGGAAGCCAUCAGGCAAACGAAGACCAACCUCCAAGUCUUCCUCGGAAACUAUGUCAUCCCCUCAGACAGCACGCCAUACAGCCGUCAAAAGGAGUUGAUUAAGCAGGCCAUUCAGACUUACGGGACAGAUCACAUUGCAGGAAUCACCGUAGGAAACGAAUUUAUGCUGAACUAUAUGCUCGACAACGGAGGAGGGGACCCUAACAGCGCAAUUGGCAAUCAAGGCGCGAGUUUAUUGAUUGCCAACGUCACAGAUACUCGCCAGAUGCUUGCGGAUAUGAAACUUCCGAAGACAAUUCCAGUCGGAAACUCGGACGCUGGCGCUUGGUUUAAUAACAAGGUUUUGGAAGCUGUCGACUAUGGAAUGGCGAAUGUUCAUCCCUGGUUCGCAAACACAACUAUCCAAGACGCUGCUGCCUGGACCAAUCAGUUCUUCCGAGAAACUAACGUUCAACCAGCUGCUAAUCUUCCGAAUAAGCCCAAAAUGUACAUCGCUGAAACUGGUUGGCCGACGAAAUCAUCGGAUGCCGCGAAUGCAAACAACGGUGCUUCUGCUGCCUCCGUCGAGAACCUACAGAUCUUCAUCGACACGUUUGUCUGCCAAGCUAAUAAUAACGGAACAGGCUAUUUCUUCUUCGAGUUCUCUGAUGAAAAGUGGAAAGACAACCAAUUCGGCGGAGUAGAAGGCUGGUGGGGUCUUUUCAACGGCGACCGGAGCCUCAAAAAUAUAAAGAUACCAAGCUGCAUAGCGCCCUGAUAUUCUAAUGAUGAGAUCUACUUUCUAUAUUCUUCGUUUUGUUAUGGAAGGACACAUAUGGACUACUGGGACAUUCAUGUACAAUAUCAUGCUACCUGGAAUAUUAGUUGAAUACGAGGCGUACACAA